AUGGCGUUGGAUGAUAGUUGGGUAACUGAAGAGUUUCUUAGUGCCGGAGCGGAUAUUUCUGGUGUAGUGAACAGGUUCAAAACGGCAAUCACAACUUUGGUCGGGCAGAGAAUCUUGGGAGACUCACUGGGAGCGGAAAUCGACUUCGCUCACGAAGAUGGGGGCUUCAACACGUCGCAUCCAUUCUUCGAGGAGGAUUUGAUGGAUGAGAGCCUCAGAUCUUCAUACGACCGUGUGAGAAAGCUGCUGAGGGACGGCACCAGACAACGUCACGAAAAUGUCGAAGCCGACUCGAUGCCUACGGUGUCAUCGGGUAGUGGCUGCAACGAGGAGAGCAGGCUCAAACGGCGUCACGCGGAGUCGAUAAAAGAUGACGAAGAUGCAUGCAAAUUUUGGGUCAAGUCACCAUAA